UCGCGUCUCACUUUCGCAGAAGUUCGGAUCACAACCCCACGGGGUCCAUCACUGAUAUCACGUUCGCCGCUUGUGCGGACUGGCAACCGUACUGCGAAACCUCAUGAGCUGCCACCACAACCACCAGAAAUCUACAGCUGCGGGGAGCGCGUACCCCACCCUCAAUCCUGGCUCGGGUGCUAAAUGGAUCAAGAGUCUCACCCGGGACCGUAUCAACCAGUUCAACGGGGGCCAUUUCGGUGAUGUGAAUCUCGGUGCGGUGCUCUACGAGCGCAUUGAAGGCGGGAAGAAUUACGUUGACCUUCAAGUAUGGAGCGCGCCGGGGCGGACGAAACCGACGUUCGCAGAGGCGAUGAAGCAGGAGUUCAAGCCUGCGAAGAAGGGAGACUCGUUUGGGCCAAGCUGUUCGUCCCUCCUUUUCAUCUUGACAGACUGUUCAUCGCAAUCCAGGGACGAACCACUGGUGGAAGGUUACACUGCAUAUUCCUCCGAAAGAAUUCGACCAUGUUCACGACAAGAAGUCGAAUUUGAUCCAGGAUGCGAGGCCAUGAUAUUCGACCUCGAUGGAACUCCCGUGCACGGUAUUACCGGUGGUUACGCUGGUGACCGUCGUGUCGAAUAUAUCAUCCCAGCCGCUGCAAGGAAGGCUGGUGUCCACCAUUUCAUCGUCGAGAGCUCAUGUAACGGCAUGUUUGGCAUGCAAGGCGGAGCAAUUUCGCCUCCCGAUCCCAACCGCUACUUUAGCUUGGCGUCUGCGGAUUUGGUUGCUCCCAACCAGGAUGCAUGGCGACUGCUGUGGGAUUUCACUACUCUCAGGGAACUGGUCGACACUUUACCUGGCAAUACACCACUGCAGAACUUAGCGCUGACUACUGCCAAUUCCAUUAUGAACACAUUCGACUGGCGCAAUCGCGAUUCAAUCCUCAAAGCACGUGAGGUGGCGCAACGCGUCUUUGGCCAAGUCUCGAAGGAUUACGAAGGGGUCUACGAGAAGGGCGACGCGAGACCACUUGUUUGGGGCAUUGGACACUGCCAUAUAGACACAGCCUGGCUUUGGCCGUACAGCGUGACGCAGCAGAAGACUGCGCGCUCCUGGGCCACGCAAUUGGAUCUCAUGGCUCGAUACGACGAGCAUCGAUUCACUUGCAGUCAGGCACAGCAGUACAAAUGGUUGGAGCAGCAAUACCCGACCCUCUUCGCUCGACUCUCAGAUGCUGUUGCGGCCAAGAAAUUCCAUCCAGUCGGUGGCGCAUGGGUCGAGCACGAUGGGAACAUGCCGAGUGGGGAGGCGUUCGUCCGACAAGUGCUUUAUGGUCAACGGUACUUCGAGUCUCGAUUCGGGUUCCGGUCAGAAACUGGUUGGUUGCCCGACUCGUUUGGAUUGAGUGGUUCGUUGCCGCAGAUCUUCCGAGGGGCGGGAAUGAAGUACUUUUUCACCCAGAAGCUGAGUUGGAAUAACAUCAAUACCUUCCCACAUUCGACAUUCAACUGGGUCGGUAUCGACGGGACCCAGGUUCUGUGCCACAUGACACCUGUCGACACGUACACUGCACAAGCGACUGUCGGCGACGUGAACCGGGCGAUAACAAACCACAAGAACCUGGAGUCGUCUGACACGUCCCUGCUGGUGUUUGGAAACGGUGAUGGAGGAGGAGGACCGUUACCGAAGAUGCUCGAGAACCUCCGCCGGAUCCGCGCUGUGACCAAUGAGCAUCGGGAGCUUGCCCCUGUGACCAUGGGCUCGUCAGUCGAUGAGUUCUUUGCAUAUCUUGAGAAGAGCAGCGAAGGGGGCAAGACGCUCCCGAAUUGGCGAGGGGAACUGUACUUGGAAUUCCAUCGAGGAACCUACACUUCGCAUGGUUCGAUCAAGAAGGGCAACCGACACUCUGAGAUUUUGCUUCGUGAUGUCGAGCACCUCGCCACGAUUGCCUCGCUGAUUGACACCAAGAAAUACAAAUAUCCCAAGGAAACAUUGGACGUAUGUUGGGAGAAGGUUCUUCUCAAUCAAUUCCACGAUGUGCUUCCUGGAUCAGCAAUUGGCAUGGUAUAUGACGACGCUGAAGUGCUCUACGGCGAAGUGCGAAAAGACAGUGAGGCCUUGAUCGACGAGGCGCUGGAUGUAAUUCUCGGCGGCAACGUCAGUCCGGCAUCGCAUGCCACGGCGCUGAGCCAACUGGUUGCGUACAACACGACCCCCUUUGCGCGCCGCGAGGUCGUCAGCGUGGGAUUGACCCGCGGUGCAGGAUUGAUGAAGAGCCAGGUUGUGCAGAUGUCCAGUGAUGGUAAAGAGGGAUACGCUGUCGUACAGUGCGCGGCUGGGGCUGGGGCUGUUAGUGUUGAGGCAUUGCCGGUGACCGAGGCUUGGGGAUUCACACCGGCUUCAGUCUACACGAACGGGUCUGACCACUUCGUGCUGCGCAACUCGAUGGUGCAGUUGACGAUCUCGCGUGGCCGGAUCACGAGUCUGUUGGAUGUGAAAUCCGACCGGGAGCUCAUCCAGAAGGGCGCGACCGGUGGAUUCGUGAUUUUCGAGGACCGGCCCAAUUCGUGGGAUGCAUGGGACGUCGAGAUCCACCAUCUGGAGAAGGCCACCCGGCUUGAGUUCGCGAAUGUGUCGGUCGUGGCGCAGGGUCCGCUGAGGGCUGCGGUGAAAGCGGAAGUCCUGUAUGGCAAGAGCAAGAUGGCUGUGACAAUAUCCUUGGAUGCAGUCUCCGCCACGACCAAGUCUGACUCUUUGUCGUUCUUCCGCUUCGACGCCUGGGUGGACUGGCACGAGAGACACGAGUUCUUGAAAUUCGAACUGCCAUUGGAGAUUCAAAGCAACAACGCAACGUAUGAGACGCAGUUUGGCUGGGUCCAGCGGCCCACUCACAAGAACACGACGUGGGAUAUGGCACAAUUCGAAGUCUGCGGCCACAAGUAUGCUGACCUGAGCGAGUACGGAUAUGGUGUUGCUUUGUUAUCGGAAUCGAAGUACGGGUUUGCCUGCACAGGCAACGUGUUGCGGAUGUCGCUUCUUCGGGCUGCUACUGAGCCCGAUGCCGAGCAGGACCAGGGCGAACAUACGUUCUCCUGGGCUGUGAUGCCGCACAAGGGGCAUUUCCUGGAAUCGGAUGUGCCUCAGGCUGCUUAUCUGUUCAAUUCCCCGCUCUACAUCCGCGCCAAAGCCAAUACGACGGCGACGCAGCCUCUCUUCACAGUCUCUGGUGCACCCAACGUUGUGUUAGAGACGGUCAAGCGGGGCGAGGACGACGGCCCGGAGCGCCGGACUGUCGUCUUGCGGUUGUACGAAGCGAUGGGCGGACAUGCGAAGGCGCAGUUGCGGAUAGCCAACGGGCUCGGUGUCCAGGCUGCGUACGAGACGAAUCUUCUGGAAGAUAUCUCGGAAGAGGCGAGGUUGGGGCUCAAGGAUGAGUGUGGCCUGGAGCUCAAGUUCCACGGCUUCGAAGUCAAGACUGUCGUGCUCGUUCUGGGCGAGAAGAAGAAUCAGAAGCGGGAGAGCUGGGUGGAAGAGAAGUAUGCCCAGCACGAAUCUCCUGUCAAUGCACUUAGGGAACUUUUCCAGGGCUAUUCGCUUUAUACCAUUGCGGACGAUGCAGCCCUCAUGAAGACUAUCCAUCUCGCUAACAUCGCCUGCGGGUUUCACGGCGGCGACUUUGCGAUCAUGGACCGCACCGUACUGCUGGCCAAACAACACGGAGUCAAGGUCGGUGCGCAUCCGUCGCUGCCCGACCGGCAAGGUUUUGGGAGACGCGAGAUGCCGGGCAUCGAGCCGGACGAGCUCAAGGCCUGCUUCGUGUACCAGAUCGGAGCACUCGAGGGCUUCCUGAGGCUGCAUUCGAUGCGAUUGAACCAUGUCAAACCGCACGGCGCGGUCUACGGCCAGACCGCCCGCUCCCUGCCGCUCGCGCGUGCCGUGGUAGCGGCGACCAAGGCGUUCGGAGGGGACGUCGCGUUCAUGGGCCUGGCGGGGACUAUGCACGAAGAAGCGUGUCGGGAGGCCGGGGUUCCGUUCAUUGCGGAGUAUUUCGCGGAUCUGGAAUACGACGCGGACGGGACGUUGUUGAUUACCAAGAUACACAAGCCAGUCGGCGUGGAGGAUGUCACAAAGAGGAUCAAUCAUCUGCUCACGCAUCGAGAGAUCACGACUAACGCCGGGUCGUACAUCUCACUCAAGUCCUCGGUCGACGAAGUGUCGAUUUGCUGUCAUUCGGAUACGCCGGACGCCGUUAGCAUCGCCAAAGUCGUGAAGCAGGUGGUCGAAACGCAUUUGAGCCGCAGCGACCAGUGAGGUAAAGAAAACGCGUAGUGACUACUCAGAGCGAUCGAGAUAAGACCCUAUAAGGGUAACCAUGAUUUGGAAUGUGCGAAUGCCGCUCAUGAAAAUUAGUAAAGAAGCGAUCUGGCAGGGUCUGGUGGGAGUUGUUGAAUCACUGAAUCAGGAGGCACUCGAGUCAAAAUGAUUGGGAUCUCGUGAUCCUGUCUGGUGAGUGGUGGCGGUGCUAUCCUGGUCGCUGAAACUCGUCCACGAUCAAUGAACUAUUCUUCCUCGUCCAACGUGUUCGAGCAUCCGCACGGCUCAAAGCUUGUUUUAGUAAUGAGAUGCCUAGCGUGAUACCUUAUAAUGGCGGACCUGCAGUCCGCCCGGUAAUGGCUACUACCGUGAACUUCACUCGCUGUUUAGACGAAGUCUGCGGGUCGAUGGGGUCUUGUCGGGGCGCUGGACGACUUCGGACACCCCGUUGCGAACGUGUCGCAGGCGACCGCCAUCUCUUACGGUCUGUGUGUGCGGGCCUGCGGGACGCAGAACGAGGCGUUCAAUUGGAACAUAUUCUCUCAACAAUUCACUGCAUGGCUGCUCCCGUAUCUCGCGCUCGUCUCUCAGCUGCCGUUUGGCGCGCGGACCCGGUUGCAGAACCUCGUUUCGCUGCUGCUCGCUGUUGGUUCUCCCACGCUGGCCGCAUACAGUCUCGCUCUGACCGUUCUCAACGGACAUUGGAUCGCUGAACGCUUCUCUCACCUCCGAUAUCCGAAUGUGCGCAACGCCGUGCGCAUACUGAGCAGCUUACAGCAAUCGCCGCUGGAAGUGGACAAGAACGAGCUCGCGUCUCUCAUCCUGCUGCCUGAGAACGAUGAGUGGUGGGAUGAAUUGGUAGUCUGGUUGAAUUACGUACACACAUGGUCCAUCGCAGCUGUCGCGUCCAUUCUAUGGGUCGUGAUUGCAUACUUGUUCACUGUUGUCGACUCUUUCACUGGCAAUACUGUGACCUACUCCAGUCUGAACACCAAUGGGCAGGCCGUGGGCUCGGUGUUUCUGUGGCUGCUCCCGAUCGUUGUUUCAUGGUUGCAGAUCAGCCCCAAAUGUGACCAUGAUCGGGUACAUGAAGCCUUGCGGCGGGCCAACAAGAUUGCGUAUGUCGCCACGCCCCAAGGGGAACCCACGCAUGCGGAGAAUGUGUCCAGCAAGCGGGCGAUCUUUCUCCGAAAGGGCUCUGGAUCGAUUCGAUGCGACGAAGACUGCACGUCGCCCAUCUUCAACUACGCACGCUUCAUCCCGUGGACUCUUUCGGUCGAAGAAGUCUAUUGCGCUUUCAGAGAAGCGUCGGUCAAGUCGGAGAGAAACGAGCCUGUCUCGCGGGAUGUCACCUGGGAGAGAGGAGAUCGCCAUCAUCGUGUCAAGCCAUGCAACCGGCGAGGAUCCUUGCCCCAGGUCGCAGCCUACAUCCUGCCUGUCUCCGACGCAUUUUCAUUUGGAAUACUAGGCUCUCGACGAAAUCGACGGCCGGAGGGGAUGGUUUCGCGGUUCCUCCUGGCCUCGCUGCUGGCCGUGGGACUCACCUGGGGGACCAUCGGCGCCGCCAUUCUCGUCUCCUAUUUCACACCCACGGAAGGAAUCGGGUGCCGAGCUGGGUCGUACAUCAUCUACGGCGUGCUGUCGAUGGUCGUCUGGAUGCUGCUCGUCGCGUCCAGCCUCAUCGCGCAUUUCUCGACGCCGACGAUGUCGCUCCACGGGCGCUACCUCCACACGGCCACGACCCGGGCCCUCGGCAUCGCGUCGAUUGUCAUCCGGCGCGUCGCUAAGAUGCUGGCUGCGCUCAACUCGGUGUGGAUUGUCGUAGCCUGCUUGUUCCAGUUCAGCAGUUUCUUCGAUCGGUGUCUGUGCAACAGCUCCGUGUUCUCUCUCGGAAGUCGUGCGUUCAAUGCAAUCGACAUCCGCCCAGUCGAUGUAAGGGGCCUCAACGUUCCUUGGAUCGGCGGGGUCGCCCUGGCUUGUGGGUGCGCGAUUGCCUUCAUGGCAUUUGUAAAUCUUUUCAUCAAUCCUGUACUACCGGAACAGUAGACAAAAGGGUGCACUGGUGCAGAACCGAUGUGCUAUAACGGAUUAUUCGAAUUUUGUUGUGGAUUUUUUCCGAUCAAACUUUUGCUUGGUAAUUGCCCGAUCACUGAUCAAACAUGUUACGGGUGAUCCAUAUGGAUGAGGGCAGAUACCGCUUGAUGCAAGAUGAGAAAUAAUGGUAGCUAGGGACUGUACUGGAGACUCGAUAGGCAGGUAGUCGAUUAGUCAUGGUGGUGCCAGUAGCGUGAUUCAGUAAGGGAGAGGGAUAGCGAGAACGGAAUAAAGGAGAGAAAUUUGAGCUGAAAAGAGACUCGGGAUGGGGUUUUCCUAACGCCGGAGGCGAAAGAUGUUGGUUGAGCCGUUAAUGAUUCAGCAUCCCAUCAAUAGCCAUUCAGAUGAUCUUAUCACAUUGCCAGUGCCGUGCACAACAAAA